AUGACUACCACAACACCUACAACCACUAAACUGGGCAACCCUUUGAAUAUCCCUAAAUGGCUCGAACAAAACUCCCACCUCCUCAAACCCCCAAUCAACAACUACUGCGUUUACUCGGACCCUUUGACGGUCAUGAUCGUCGGCGGCCCCAAUGCACGAACAGACUACCACAUCAACAGCACCCCCGAAUUCUUCUACCAAUACCGCGGCCGCAUGCUUCUAAAAACCGUCGAACCCUCUGGCGAGUUCCGAGACAUUUACAUCGAUGAAGGAGAGAUUUUCCUCCUGCCCGGAAAUACCCCGCAUAACCCUGUCAGGUUUGCGGAUACGGUUGGUGUGGUUAUUGAGCAGCCUAGACCAGAGGGAGAGGUUGAUAAGCUCAGGUGGUAUUGUCAGGGGUGUGGGGGUGUAGUUCAUGAAGCUGCGUUUGUGUGUACGGACUUGGGAAGUCAGAUUAAAGAUGCCGUCAACAACUUUGGAGAGGAUGAGGAAGCGAGGAAGUGUGGAAACUGUGGUGAGAUUUGUGAUGUUAGACCUAAGCCGGAGGUCAUGGAAAAGAUGAGAACUGGUCCUCAUGCUUGA